CAAACUAUUCAAACUCUAUCUCCUUGUGACGGUGGAGUUUGACUAAGUACCGGUCAAGAGUUGUGUAACUGGAGAGGACUAGCUUGCUUCAACUUAAAUGCAUCAUCUCCAACUCGUACAAACUACAAAAAUAUGCAUGUGGAAUUGGAUGGCUACAUCCUCUAAUAAGCCAAGUGGUUUCUAAGUCAGUUAGGAAACUGAUACCAUAUUGGUUUGCUUUACUGUCAAUGCAAUGUCAUGAAAUCCUUCAGAGCGUUUAGAAGACUCUAUGACAGUUUUGGAUUCAGCAUACAUUCUAGACAACUAUCAGUUAUCACCGGGGCCAAGCUAGAGCUCUUAAAGGUGAACGAAGCUGUUCAUGUGGAUGCAGAUGUUGCUCGUAUUUCAACUUUGCAUUAUCUUAUACAGCUAUGUGCUAAAACACAGUCAUUGAUGGAAGGGAGUUCUUGUCAUGCUCAGACUAUUCGUAUUGGCUUUGAAAUAGACAUAAUAACAUCGAAUAUGCUCAUUAAUAUGUACUCUAAAUGUGAUUUAGUGGACAACGCUUUCAGGAAGUUCAGUGAAAUGCCAGAGAAAAGCUUAGUUUCUUGGAAUACAAUGAUUGGAUCUCUUACCCAGAAUGGGGAGGAGCAGGAAGCUCUCACUCUUUUCAUUAAAAUGCAAAGAGAUGGAACCUUAUGUAAUGAGUUUAGCAUUUCUAGUGUACUGUGUGCUUGUUCCACAAAAUGUGCUAUAGUUGAGUGCAUGCAGUUGCAUGCUUUUGCCAUCAAGGCUUCUAUAGAUUCCAAUGCUUUUGUUGGAACUUCUUUGAUUGAUGUUUAUGCUAAGUGCUCUAUGAUAAAAGAUGCAAAUCAGGUAUUUCAGAGCAUGCCUGAAAGAAAUCCUGUAACAUGGAGUUCUAUGGUGGCAGGAUAUGUGCAAAAUGGGCUCCAUGAUGAGGCCUUGCUACUGUUUCAUAGUUAUCAGUUAAUGGGAUUGGAGCCAGAUCAGUUUAUGAUUUCAUCUGCUAUUAGUGCUUGUGCAGGUUUGUCAACUUUGAUUGAGGGGAAGCAGGUGCAUGCAAUGUCAUGUAAAUUAGGAUUUUAUUCAAACUUGUAUAUUGUUGCCUCCCUUAUAGAUAUGUAUGCCAAAUGUGGCUGCAUAAAAGAAGCGUACCUUGUGUUUCAGUAUGUGGAGAAGAGAAGCAUUGUAUUAUGGAAUGCAAUGAUAUCAGGGUUUGCCAGACAUGCUUGUGCACUAGAGGCCAUGAUUCUGUUUGAGAAAUUGCAGCAGUCAGGCUUCUGCCCUAAUGAUGUAACAUACUUAUCUGUUUUAAAUUCAUGUAGUCAUAUGGGCUUGCAUGAAGAAGGACAGAAGUACCUUAACCUUAUGGUAAGACAGCACAAUCAUUCUCCCAACGUCAUUCACUAUUCAUGCAUGGUUGACAUUCUUGGUCGAGCUGGACUAGUUAAUGAGGCAUAUGAGUUGAUGCAGAAAAUGCCAUUUAAUGCAACUACUUCAAUGUGGGGUUCACUUUUGGCCUCUUGUAGGAAAUGUGGCAAUAUUGAGCUUGCUGAGGUUGCAGCCAGGCACCUAUUUGAAAUGGAACCUAACAAUGCAGGGAACCACAUCUUGCUGUCAAACAUAUAUGCAGCAAAUAAACAGUGGGAGGAAGUUGCAAGAGCAAGGAAGCUUCUCAGAGAGACUGAUUUGAAGAAAGAGAGAGGUAGGAGUUGGAUUGAAAUUAAGAAUAAAGUACAUUCUUUUACAGCUGGUGAUAGAAAUCAUCCAAAAAUAGAUGGGAUUCAUGCGUAUUUGGAUAUUUUGAUAGAAGAGUUGAAGAAGAUUGGUUACAAAGUGGAAACUAAUCAUGAACUUCAUGAUCUGGAGGAGGGCACAAAACAGGUUCUUUUGAGGCAUCACAGUGAGAAGCUUGCUCUUACCCUUGGAUUGAUGUGUUUGCCUUGUGAUAUGCCCAUCAGAAUUAUGAAAAACCUUAGAAUCUGUGGUGAUUGCCACACUUUCAUGAAACUAGCAUCAAAGUUUGCGAACAGGGAAAUCAUUAUCCGAGAUACAAAUCGUUUUCACCACUUGAAGGAUGGCAUCUGUUCUUGUGGGGAUUUUUGGUGAACGUCUAAUUUAUCUUCCUUUAUAUUUCCUCUGGUCUGACUAUCAUUGGAUUUACAUAUUUUUCUGCUUCCUUCAACCAUAUUCAAGCCAUCAAUAGUGAAAGGCUUGGUGAUCACAUUUUAAUUUCCUUGAUCAUCAAUCACUUGGCUGUAUACAACAGGGGCAUAUUUGAGAUUUAAGUACACUGUGAUGUAAAAUUGAGAGACCUGUGGAAUGCAGUUAGGGGAUCUAAGUUCCAAC